AUGCCCAAGACCGCCAAGAACAAGCGCAACAAUGCGGCCUCCGGGCCCUAUGACAAGAAAUCCAAGGGCUCCGGCAGCACCAACAUCUUCAAGUUCGACAAGGACUACGGCCAGCACAUUCUCAAGAACCCCGGCAUCAGCGACGCUAUCGUCGAGAAGGCCUUCCUCAAGCCCACCGAUGUUGUCGUCGAAGUUGGUCCGGGUACCGGUAACAUCACCGUCCGCGCCCUGGAGCGGGCCAAGAAGGUCAUCGCGAUCGAACUCGACCCUCGAAUGGGCGCCGAAGUUACGAAACGAGUCCAGGGCACCCCGCUGGCCAAGAAGCUGGAGGUGAUUCUAGGCGACGUUAUCAAGCUGCCGCAGAUCCCGCCGUGCGACGCCCUCAUCUCCAACACUCCCUACCAGAUCAGCAGUCCUCUCAUCUUCAAGAUGCUCUCCAUGCCGCAGCCGCCGCGCGUCGCUGUGCUAAUGUUCCAAAGAGAGUUCGCCAAGCGGUUGGUCGCGAAGCCGGGUGAUUCGUUAUAUUCAAGGUUGACGGUUAAUGUCAACUUCUGGGCAACGUGUACCCAUAUUAUGAAGGUCGGCAAGGCGAACUUUAAGCCGCCGCCUAAGGUUGAAAGCGAUGUCGUCCGAAUUGAGCCUUAUCUUGGCUCUGCGCGCCCGAACAUUGCAUUUGAGGAGUUCGACGGCCUCCUUCGCAUCGCCUUCAACCGCAAAAACAAGACCCUCCGCGCCGCCUUCAGCAUCAAGGAGAACUACAAAGUUUACUGCACCCUCCACAAUAUCCCCCUCGACGAAUCCGUCCUCUCCGAUCCCUCCCUCACAGCCGACAUGGACGUCGACAUGGACGCCAACUCCGACACCGACAACGAUAACGACGGUGACGCUAUGGAAGAAGACGAUGAUGACAUGCCGACUUUCUUCAAAGAAGUCAAGGAAGCCGAAGCCGCGAAAGAGGCAGCUAAGACGCCAAGCAAGAACCCCAAGAGCAAGGUGGCGCUGAUUGUGCGGGCGAAGAUUAAUAAGGUGUUAACAAAGACAGGGUUGGCGAAUAAGCGUGCUAGGCAGUGCGAUCAGAAUGAUUUUUUGAAGCUGUUGUUGGCUUUUCAUGAGGAGGGGAUUCAUUUCUCGUAA